UUUAUGUUUACAAAUCAUUCACGACAUCUACACUUUUAAUCCACUUCUAUUCACCGGCUUCACGAUGCGUUUGAUGAAAUGUUGCUGUUGCAUUCCAUUGCGCAUCGGGGUCAUCAUCACUGGGAUUAUGUUUGGUUCUUGUGACACAAUAUUGGGUAGUAUAGGCCUUAUUAUGGCUAUACGAAACGAGUAUCCAAUGUCCAUACAUGAGUUCUUUGAUAAAUUGGAUGUACGAUUGUGGGUCUCCAUGUUCUCGGCCACGCUCUUCCUGAUGUCCUGCGGCGAUUUGCUAUUGGUGUAUGGAGCCGUGAAGCAAAGACCCGGCUAUAUGGGACCAUGGCUGUUGGUAAACUUUUUCGUGGGCAUCGGCACCAUAGUAACGGCGCUUCUCAGUUCCAUCGCCAUUUUAAGGAUUAUUAUACUUUACUACUGCAUGUUUGUAGUCAGCUCGUACUACGAUGAACUGAUGGAGGAGCGAAAUAAUUCCUAGCCCAUCUUAUUAUUAUUAUUAUUGCCUAUAGUUUUGAGUGACUCUGAGUAGAAGGGCACUUAUGCACCGUUAAGCCAGUGGAAGGAUUGUGAGUCACUUAUCGCGACAAUUUAAACAAACAGGAUUAAGCCAUAACGAACCUGAAUUUUAAGGGGCCGUCAAAAGCUGCGCUUAAGUCUCAUUAAAAAUCCAUUAAACUCGAUAAAACGAAGUAAAUAAAAACAAACGGACAGAAAUGAAA